AUGGACGCCCACAAAAAGACCGUGGCGACCAUCGCCGCGACGGUGCGCCAGUUCUUUGCGCGCCGCGAGCCGUACCGCAUCUUCCACGGCUCGACGAACUCGACGCGGCCACGCACUGCCGCGACGGGCCACACGCGCUCCGUCGACAUCAGCGCGCUCGGCCACGUCCUGCAGGUCGACAAGCAGGCGCGGACAGCCCUCGUCGAGCCCAAUGUGCCCAUGGACCGACUGGUAGCGGCGACGCUGCCGCACGGGCUGGUGCCGCCGGUGGUGAUGGAGUUCCCAGGGAUUACCGCAGGUGGCGGGUACGCGGGGACGGCGGGCGAGAGCAGCUCGUUCCGGCAUGGGUUCUUUGAUAGGACAAUCAACCGAGUGGAGAUGGUGCUGGCCAACGGCGAGGUGGUCGAGGCGACGCCGUCGGCGGACGACAAGCGGCGGGAUCUGUUCAAAGGGGCAGCGGGCGCGCUGGGGACGCUGGGCAUCACGACGCUGAUGGAGUUGCGGCUGGUACCGGCGCGCAACUAUGUCCGGACGACGUACCACCGGUGCAACAGCGUGGCCGAGACGAUCCAGCUGAUUCGGGAGAAGACGGAUAUGGCGACGGCGCAGAGCAAGAACAAGAAGGAGACCAAUGCGUCCGACUACGUCGACGGCAUUCUCUUCUCCAAAGACCACGGCGUGGUUGUCACGGGCGAAAUGACGGACGACGAGCCACCGCCGGGGCAACAUAUCCAAACAUUCAGCCACCCGCGCGACCCGUGGUUCUAUCUGCAUGUGCAGGACCGCACCUCUUCGUCGUCGUCAUCGCCAUCGUCGCCAUCGUCACCACCCGUUGUCGAGUACAUUCCCCUCGCCGAGUACCUGUUCCGCUACGACCGCGGCGGCUUUUGGGUCGGCCGCUCCGCCUUUUCGUACUUUCCCUUCCCCUUCAACAAGUGGACGCGCUGGUUCCUCGACGACUUUUUGCACACCCGCAUGCUGUACAAGGCGCUGCACGCGUCCGGCCAGUCGGCCACCUACAUUGUGCAGGAUCUGGCCCUGCCGUACAGGACGGCCGAGGCGUUUGUGGACUACACCGCAGAGACGUUUGGCAUCUGGCCGCUGUGGCUGUGUCCUCUGCAAGCGCCGGAGCAGCCGACCUUUCAUCCGCACGAGAAGCGGGUGCCGGAGACGGGUCCGUCGACGACCGAGUCAAAUACGACCACGUCCGCCUCCUCUGCGUCGUCGUCGUCGUCCUCCUCCCUCACUUCGACCCCGACUUCGACUUCGACGGCUGCGCCGUCUGCAUCGGCGUCAUCAGAGCCCCUGCUCAACAUUGGCCUCUGGGGACGCGGCCCUGCUGGCGCCGACGCCGACCGCUGCGUCGCCCUCAACCGCGACCUAGAACACCGCCUCGCGCACCACUUUGGCGGCAUGAAGUGGUUCUACGCCCAUGCGUAUUACGACGAAGAUCUCUUUUGGAAGAUUUACGACAAGCCCGCAUACGACGCCCUGCGCACCAAGUACCACGCCACCACGCUGCCGUCGGUGUACGACAAGAUCAAGGUGAACACGGGCCGCAACGCGGCGUCGGGUGCCCCGUCCAUGUGGAAGACACGGUGGCCCUUUGCCGCGUUCUACGGACUGCGGCAGGCGAUCAAGAGCAAGGCGUAUCUGCCGCGGACGCCACCAUGGAGGGAGUAA